AUGUCUCUCCCAGUCAUCCAUUAUUCGAACACACGUCAAUCUUCACUGACAAACCGCAUACAUCAUCCACUUAGGUCCGAGGGCUUUCGCGCCAAAAAACUUUUCGCCCAACUACGAAUUGGCGGGAAAACUCCGCGCAACGGACGCUGGGUGCGAGCGAGAAAAAUGGCAGCGGGCUUCUCACCUGCCCGCGGUUCGCGCGCAUUCGAGAGCGUAUUGGGAAAAGUGGUAGAAUCAGUGUUGCGAGGCACGGGAUUCCGGCCGCCCGCCGUCGCGACCGGAACAGGAGUGCGUGGUACUCCGCCAGACCAAACGCCCUCUGCGUUCCGCCGCCUUGCGUGCGUCCCGCUCACGCUACGUACGGUUGCCUAG